AUGCUAUUUUUUAUAAUGGCUCUACAAUUAACUGGACCAUUUGUUUUUAUGAUUUAUAAAAUGCUUUCGAAAGAUAUUCUUCGGUUUUGUAUUAUCUAUAUUGUUUUUCUUAUUGGUUUUUCUCAAGCAUUCUUUAUUUUACUUAAUUACAAUGGUCUUAGUGGCUUUCUUACAAGUCUUAAACAGUGUUUCUUUGGUAUGUUGGGCGAUUUUGAUCUUGAUCAAUAUACAGAAGCAACAUUUCAAUAUAUCAAUAUUUUAUUAUUGAUUGUGUAUGUUGUCGUUGUUUCGAUACUUUUACUUAAUUUACUUAUUGCUAUGAUGGGUGAUACUUAUGGAAAAGUUAUUGAGAGUGCCACACAAAUCUGGCAUUUAGAGCGUGCACGUAUUGUUUCUGCAAUUGAAAAUGAAAUGUCAAAUGAUGAAAGAAAGUUAGAAAAGAAUAAAUAUUGGACAAAUGUUGAUGGUCAACGAUAUUUACAAGUUGAAGAAAUCGAUAAAGAUUGCUUUAAAGAUAUUAAAAACGAUUAG